AUGUCGAAGCCAUCUACUAUCCGAAGAUAUGGCAAACAACACAAGAAGCCCAAAGGCGACCGCUUGUUCGUCGAUCUUCUUCAAACGCCCGUCCGAGCUGCGCUUCAAGAACAACCAGAUGCAAUCAACAAGUUAACCGAAAAUAUCACGACAAUGAGUUUCCAGGAUCGGCACGAAAUCUCUCCUGCCCCUGUGAAGCAAAAGUUCAAAUCCCACGAGCGGCGGAAGAAACAGGUGACCGAUCCAAGGUCUGAGCCUGUGUCCGAUGCUGUGCCCGAGGAUCCACCUGAGACUGUUGCGCCUUAUAUUAGCAACGAAAGCUCUCUAGGGAAACAAGCAAAGAAAUCUCGCAGUCGAUGCAAGAAGAAAACCGGUGAUGCAGAGUCUACCGUUCAGUCUGUUCAGGUUGUCCAAUCCACGCCCGCCAAGACCCCGGAUAAGGCCGCCCGAGCGCCAGAAGAUGGGUUGUCAGACGCAGAGCUCAGGGUACUAUCUUGGUCUGAAGUAUGUCCGCCAGGUGACAAGAUAGUCAAGAUCGCGGAAGCAUCUUAUGCGGAGGUCUACCUGGUCACCAAUGAGCGCGGUACAAGUAUCGUAAAAGUUAUCCGGAUGGAAUCGCCCAUCAAAGCCCAAACGAAAGCCCAGGAGAAAUCUGGACUGGUUGACGAGGAGCCACAUUUAGAAUCUGACUUGAUGGGCGAGCUGAAGAUCUCCGAAUGGCUUGCGGAUAUUCCUGGUUUCGUGGUAUACAAGGAGAGGUAUAUCGUGCAGGGCAAGGCGUGCAAGGAACUUCUCGAGACGCAUCAGGCUUUCCAUAAGAAAGUCAAGAGGAAAGACCCUGAUAGGCUGCAAUUCUAUCCUUCGCCGAGUCGGUAUUUGGACGCAACGAAGUUCCUCGUUGUUGAGCUUGGAGAUGCCGGGACAGCUUUGGAGGACUUUGAGCUCUCGACCACCGAUCAGCUGUGGGACAUCUUCUUCCAUACCGCGAUCGCACUGGCCCGGGCCGAAGUUCAUAUAGAGUUUGAGCAUCGAGACCUACACGAAGGAAACUUAUGUAUUCGAAGGGCAGGGGAACCCCGCCAUCCAGAAGAUCGGGACUCUCUAGCCUAUUUUGGCCACUCGGGUCUCGAAAUAACCAUCCUCGACUAUGGGCUUUCCCGUGCCAGCUCCGACUGUGAAGCUGAGCCUAUUGCCUACGAUCUCGAGAGAGAUUUGAGUCUGUUCACGAGCGAGCACGCGCCGCAGUGCGAGGUCUACAGACAGAUGAGAUCUUUUCUUUUGCGAGGGGACCGCAAGUGCCUGCCACCAAAAAGCCACAGGACGGCGUACGCACAAGGCAUUGAUGGUCCCAUCACAUGGGCGCAACACGAGCCUUAUACGAACGUAUUGUGGCUGGCCUACAUAUACGGAUAUCUUGUCGACAACUUCCGAGGUCCCAAGAAGGAACUAAAUGCAUUCAAGCGAGUUACCAAGAGCUUCUGGACACACCUGAACCCGGAAGCCGAUGAAUGUAUCCCUGGUUUUGCCAGUGCUAGCGACAUUGUCAGAUUUGCCAUCGAGUCGGAAUGGAUUGAUGAGGACCAGCUGAGUGGAGGCAGAGAUGAAAUCGAGAAGUCAAUACUGUCGAUCAUGGGCAACGACAAUAUUCUGCACAAGGUCAAUGAACUCUCAAUCAGCGAACCUGCGCUUCGGAGGUCACCACGGCGUCAAACUCAACGACGUAUUGAAUAA